AUGUCCAUUCUGUUAAGAAGAUCUAAUCCAACGUUCGUUCGGCCAACACCAGCGUAUGCUGACGAGUCUUACGUGUUCCUGAAACUGCUGCAACGGCUCGACUAUCGACAGGUGGUCGUCGUGAGUGUAAAAGGAGAUCGAAAUGGAGAGCAAUUUGUCGAGUUGUUCGAGAAAAAACGCAAGAAAUACAAAGUGCACGUGAGUUUAUGCCUGCUGCAAUUUAAGAGUAAAAAAGCGCACGCGUAUUUGAUUUUUGUGGCUGCUUCGGAACUGACCGAAAGGAACAAAGUGUGGAUGGUGAACGAGGACGCCAGCAAAGCAAACAAUGUUCCUGAUGGUGCUAUCGGCAGCCGCCUCAAAGUCAAACUCUCUGCUCUCGAACUCGUUCGAAACUGCAUAUUGCCUCCCAUACGGAAUGGUCUAGCGUUUUUGAAUUCUUUGAAUGAGACGAUUAAUCCACCAGUCGAAUGCGGAAAGGAUCCAGCUCUUUCCGUAUGGGCCAGCGACCAUGGCCCACGUCUUCUUAAGGUCUGUGCCAAUCUCAUAUUGCAAAUUGCCAUCUGCGCAACAUCCACAAGUAAAAUCACAUACAACGAGCUCUGUGAGAGAAUCAGCGUGGACUACGACAUACUCAAUUACAAUGAGGGUUACAGAGAAGUUGGAGCGCUGGGCUUCUGA